GGGCGCCUAUACUUCUGGCGGGAAGUUGAAUUUCUUUUUCGAGCCGAGACUUCUUUAUCUGCGAUUAGAAAUAUGAAGGUGAAGAAACAGCGUAGCCGCUGCCUGCAGCCUGAGGAGUGCGGAGUGUGGCUGGACACCGCCCAGCUGAAGAAGAGGUCACAUCAGACCGUCAUCCCUUGCACAUAUUCAAGCCGGUUUAAUCCACUCUUAAGGAGACCUCCUGUUGAUUCUACUACAUUUGAAUUCACUCAAACAAAAACACCCCAGCUCUGCACCAAACAGACCUCUAUGUAUUCCUUUUUUACACAUAAAGGCAAGGAAGUAGCAAAGCCUAAAAAUCAAGAAAACAUAACCGGCAGUCUGUGUGUAAAAGUAACGGCAGAAGAAAAUGAUGCUGACGCUCUACAUAUUGGAUCCUCUUCUGAUUAUGUUGAUGAACAUUCUGCCUAUCGGAACACUACUUCAUGCUAUCCACACAGUGGUAUUCAGCCAUCUGCACAGGAGUGUAAAGAAAACUAUGAUGAAUGUAGUAGCGGGACAAAUGGCCCUGUCCAUCCAAAAGAUUGUUUGCAAAAUCAUUCUGUAAGAACGGAGAAUAUGCAGUGCCACUCUGCAGAUUUCUGUACAUCUGGUAUUGCUAAGCAAACUUUAGUAUCUUUAUUGGACUCUUCAAUACAUUCCUAUUACCCUGAAGUGCAUGAUAAAGACCUACAUACGGAAUUCCAGCCAGACAGUCCACUAUUCACUCAGGAUUCACAGGGCAACAGAGUAAUUGCUCAUAGAGCUGAAAAGACUCGCUGCCCAUCAGGUCCACUUCAGGACAGGACUAAUGUUCCUUGGGAGACUGCUAGCCCAAUGAAAAGAAGCCGCCAAUAUCUCUGUGAUGAUUCUCUGCCAUGCAUGUUUACACAGGACUCUGAAGGAAAUAAGGUUAUAAAGCACUGAAUCAAAACAUUUUCUAAAAAAGAAAAAUCUGUAGUCAACUCUGUAAGGGCAAGCUCACACCACAUGCAGUUCAUUGCAUCUUUUUUUCUGCAUCAAAAAUAGGUUAUAUGGUUUCCAAGGGUGUAGUUUACACCAGUGUAGUCAGUUCCAGUAAAGUAUAACAUGCUGCAUUUUUCCUGCACUGGACUGAAACGGAACAUGGUAAAACACAACAAAAUGCACCGGACCAUGGUACAGUGAA